AUGGACGAAGAGCUCUACAAUGAUGGAAUCUCCGUUAACACGGAGGACGCCAUCGACGUGGUCGCCCGCAUCGACUUCAUCGUCGCCUCCCUCGAAAAGGCCGGCGUGCCCCCCGAUGAACUCCACCACUUCAAGCAGGUCGUCAGCCGACUACCCGUCGCCAAUCAUGCCGCCAAGGACGGCACCGCUGUCCCAGGUGAUGCCGCCGGGCCUCAGGAUCUCGUGGCGGAGGGGGUUCUCGACAAGCUCCAGAGAGGCGCGCAGGGUUUUGCGACGGUGUGGAAGCCGCGUUGGAUACGGGUGCUGCCAGGAGAGCUGCAGGUGUUCGAGUCGGCGACCAGGCCCGAGCCCGACACUCCCUGCCUUUUCUCUCUCCCGCUGAGUGUGCAGCAGACAAGAAUCGACCCUGGAAAGGAGGCCUUGUGCAGGAGACUCGGGAGGGAAGCGAUUCUGAUGGUAAGCGGCACGGCAGCGGUCGGGGGAACCUUGCGCUGCGUGACGCUGGCCACGAAGGACAGCCUGGCGUUGGAAAGGUGGACAAACCUCCUCGAGCAGGCCAUGUCGCAAGAGGGCUACCUGGCAGGCGCCAGCAUCUUUCGUGCGAGCCAGACCGGCGACAUACUCCGCGUGAAGGAGUUAAUAUCGAGGGGCGUCGACGUCAACCGCACCAACGCGUACGGGUGCGUGGCCCUGCACUACGCCGUGAAGCAUGCCGCCGAGUGCGCGGCGGUCGUUGCGCGGGGGGGGGACACGACAGGCGUUGACCAGUCCAAGAUCCACGUCCAGGAGGCGCUGCGGGUGGUAGUGUUCCUAAUGUCCCACGGCGCGGACGCGAGAGCGGUCAACCACCUCGGGGAGACCCCGCUCGACCUAGGGUCCCGCCUCACAGGCGGCUUUCCCAAAUUCCGGAGCCUCCUCUUGCCCAUCCUGGACUCGAGCAAGUACCAGAUCGCCGGGGGAACCAUCUUCAUCGUUCCGGCGAACCUCCCUAGCGUUAAGGAGGAGGUGACGGGCAAGAAGCAGGAGGACGACGCCGGCGCGGCUGCUGCUGCUGCUGCUGCUGCUGCUGCCGCCGCCGCCGCUCGCACCACCGCCCCCAAGACGACGACCGCAAGGGGGGUGACCUUCUCGCCCUCGCGGAGAAACCGGAGGGCGAAGAAGCGUUACGAGAUCGCGAAGUCGCGGCUCCCAUACGUGUCCUCCGCCUCCCUCUCCUCCGCCGCGCCGUCCUUCGGCGAAGGGCGAUGCCGCAGCAGCAGCGGAGGAGGAAGAGGAGGCGUCACCACGCCGGCGCUCCCCCGUGGCGACCACGAGACGGCCCUCGGGGGGGCACGCCAUCGCCUGGCCGCCGGGCACGGCGCCCGAUGUUCGCGGAACGACCACGAUGGUGCUCACGGCCGCGGCGGCGGUGGUGCCGCCAGAGAAUGUCGUCAAGCGGGAGGGGCGAGCGGUGUCCACUUCAAGGACUACAGGAUGGGGAGGAGCUCUGCCGUGCUCGUCAGCAGCAGCGGCGGUGGCGGAUUGAAGCGCUGGAGAGGGGCCGCGCGGCCCGCGUCCUGCCCCGUGCCGGGUGGUAUCGACGAGGGCCGCGGCCCGGGAACACCGGGUAGUCGGGUCGCGAGCUCGGCAACAGGAGCAGGACAGCGGCGGCGGCGGCGGCGGCCAGCGACUACCACCCCGGGCGGUGGGACGGAGAUGAGGGGUGGUAGCAGCAACAACGGGUGUCGUGGUGACGGUGGCGUUCGAGUCGUCGGCACCAGGCAGCGGCACGGCGGACGCCACUCCGCGCGCGAGGAGCAGAGCGAGAGGCCGGGCGCAAGGCGGCGACGAGAGGAGGGCGAGAGAGCUCUCGGCAGCAUGCCCGACAGCGAGGCGAGGAGGCAGAUUUGGGAGUGGCUGCGCGAGAGCGCCGGUACCGCGUCGGCCGUCCCGCCGGCCAUGGCCCACGGGUCAGGCGGCGAAAUCCUGGUCGAGACCAGCUCGUACGUGGCGACGGGCCGCCGGUCGGACGUGUACCGGGCCCUGCAGGCCAUCAAGGGGGACGGCCGGGGGGAGCUCAUUAGCGCCGAGAAGCUGAGGGCGGUCCUGUGCCGCGUCGGCCAGCCGCUGCUGCCCAACGAGAUGGACGAGCUGCUGCAGGAGACUGAUCCGACGGGAACGGGGUGA